AUGAGUUAUGAUCUCGGUUACCAUCGAAACCAGGUAGGCGUCCAUAUGAGACCUGGGACUCGACACAGUUACGCUGCAAAACUGCCUUGUAAAGAUGAUCCGAAAUAUAGAUGCCAUCCUACAAAAUCGAACCUUUUUGUUCGUUGCACCGGCGGGAAACUCUACCAGUUCUUCUGCCCCAUUGAACUUAACUUCAAUACAGUUACACAAACGUGUGAUUGGCCGAAAAAAGCCGAUUGCAGCUGGUUAGUUGGGAACAACGUUGAGGGCAAUGAAACGGCAACCCCUAAAAACAGUGAUGCGGCCGGAGUCAGAAAAAUAGACAAAGAUGGUGCUGUGAACGGUGUCGAUGGUGAUGCCUGUGAAUCCAGCGAUUGCUACCUCCCUCACUGUCAUUGUCCCGGUGCGAAAAUUCCUGGUGGAUUGUCCGUCCAAGAAACUCCAAUGAUGGUCAUGAUCACAUUCGAUGACGAAAUAUCCGCAGCUUACUACGGAUACUUCCAGCGUCUCUUUCGUCCGGGCCGCUACAAUCCGAACGGCUGUCCAUUCCGUGGGGCAAUGUACGUCUCUGGUGAAGGCACCAACUACGAUCUCGUGUAUCCUCUAUAUGCUAUGGGCAACGAAAUUGCCUGUCACACGGUGAGCCAUCGCUUCCCGCAUACAUGGUGGGCCAACGCCAGCUACGAAGAGUAUAUGUCCGAAAUUCAAGGUAUGAAAAAUAAUUUGAUAGAGAAAUCCGGAAUAUCUGCAGAAGACAUCAAAGGUUUUCGCGUUCCGUUCCUUCAGCUCGGUGGAGACAACAUGUAUCGCGCCGUGUAUGAUGCCGAUUUAGUUUAUGACACGUCUAUGUUUACAGGCCCCGUUUGGGAGGGCGGUGAAGAUCCGAUUUGGCCCUUCACGUUGGAUUUUGUACCCGACCAGAAAUUUUGUCAGCAUGGACCGUGCCCGCAGCGGCAGUACCCAGGCCUGUGGGAAAUCCCAGUCCAACGUUGGUAUGGAGUCGAUGGUCAUUCGUGUGCCAUGCCUGAUGGCUGCACGUCGACAGCAUCGACGGAAGAAGCGCUCCAAUUUCUGAGGAAGAACUUCUAUAGUUAUUACAACAGUAACCGGGCUCCGCUCGGUAUAUUCGUGCAUGCGCGUUGGUUCCACGUGGAGCAUCACCUGGAGGCACUCGAUGCCUUUAUAGACGAACUAAUGCAGCUGGAUGACGUCUGGAUUGUGACUCCUAGUCAAGUGCUGGAAUGGAUGAAAAAACCUACGUCCAUAUACGAAAUACAGUUUUUCAAACCGUGGAGUUGCGAAGGAGCAAUGAAAGAGGCAUCUAGACGAAAGUAA